AUUUUGAAAAUCCAAACAGGAAGUUGAGUGAGUAAUCAUAAGGGUGUGUUUUGAGCAGAGGAUCUAAAACCUUAAGAUCAGGAACAGACGAAACAGCAAGUCUAGGCGCUACAACCGAGAAAAGAAAAAACAGGAAGUAAGCAAGAGGAAGUACAGAAAAAGAGGAAGACAACAGGAAGUAAACAAGAAGAGGAAACUGGCAAGAGGAUGUAAAGAAAUAGUAGUAGUGGACAACAGUAAGUAAACAAGAAGUUUGGUAAAAGAAGUAGUAAGCUAAAAAAAGAAGUAAACAAGAAAUAGUGCACAAAGAAGUAUACAAGGAAAGGGAACACGAGGAAGUGCAUAGCAGGAAGUGAAGCAGAAGUCUCGUUUUAGACUUCUGUCCAACUUGGUCAGUCAAGCAGGAUCCCUGGCAACCAGGUGUGUUCAGGCCACACCCCUCCUAGAAACGCCACCUCUGUGUUGUCUGGGUCACUUCUUGCCACUCUCAACAAGAAUCAAGAGGCUGUGAUGUCAUCGUCUGACCACGAACACCAAGUCUGCCAGUCUGUGGCCCACCUAAGUCGCAUAGAGACCCACAGGAAUCCCACAGAGACACAUGAAACCCACCAUAUUCACCCAGAAACCCAUGAGAUGCACCAGAAUCCUACAGUGAUCUACCAGAUCCCCUCAAAGACCCAUGAGACCUACGGUUGUCCGCAGGCCACCCUCUUGAGUCCCGCAAAGACCCACCAAACUCUUUCAGAGACCGACCACAGUGCCACAGAGAGCCAGGAAGUCAACCGCAUUCCACCAGAGACCCAUGAGACCUACCAUAGUGUAACAGCCACCCUCCUGUGUCUUACAAAGACCCAUGAAACCAAUCAGAACCCUGAAAAGACCUACCAGAGUACAACAACCACUCUCCUGAGUCCUGCAAAGAUACAUGAGACUAAACAGAGUACUACAGACACCCAGCCGAGUCCAACACAGACCUAUGAAACCCACCAGAUUCCACCUGAAACCCAUGAGAUUCACCAGAAUCCCACAGGUUCCCACCAGAUUCCCUCAUGGACCCAUGAGAUCUGCGAGAGUCCCACUGAGACCCACCACAAUAUUUUAGAGACUCAACAGAGUCGUGCAAAGCCCUAUGAGAGUGACUGCAGUCCCCCAGAGAUCCAUAAGACCCAGCAACGUCCUGGAGAAGAAGCCCAGCCUCUCAUGGAACACCACCAGGGUUCCCAAACAGUAAGCCAGAACAACAGCAGUUCCCCACCAAAACAAGAGCAUGAGUCAACAAAGGAACAGCAAAAGGAUUCACUUGUGGUUUCAGAAUCUUUUUACCAGGGAGAAACUGAACUUGCAGCUGAAAUUUUUUCAGCAACUGAAAAAAACCUUCCUGAAGACCAGAAAAAUCACCACUGUUCUGCAAUGAUGCUAACUUCAAGCACACCUGUGACACAUCACUUCAUUACUCAGCAGGCUCCUUCCUCUGCUGACCCUGAUUUCCAGCAGGUUCCCGCCCACCUUUCAGGUUCUUCAGGUGAGCCAAAACUUUGUGGCUUUCUGCAGAAGAAGGGUGGGCCUCUGCGUGCCUGGAAGCAGCGUUGGUUCACCUAUGAGGAGAACAAGAACCAGUUGUUUUACUACCGCAUGCCACAGGAUGUGAUGCCGCUCGGCCGAGUGGACCUCAGUGCCGCCACCUUCACCUACCCACUAAAGGCCGAGACGGGCACCUUCCACAUCAAGACGCCCGAACGCACCUUCAUCCUAAAGGCUGUGAAUCAGGAGCUGAUGCUUUAUUGGCUGCAGCAGCUGCAGGUGAAACGCUGGCAACACAGACAGACCACCUCCUGCCCUGACUCUACAAACACCACUGCAGAUGAAUUCCUGCCAUUGUUGAAGAGUCCUGUGGGCUUGGUAGGGGAAGAGGCAGCGAACGUGGCUCCUCAAAGGACGCCGCUCUCCAACAUGUCAAUCAAGCAUCCUUUCAUCGGGAUCCAGAACUCUGUUCACAAUCUUCGCAAGAGGUCAUCCCGAGAGUGGCCUCAAAGUGUCUUUUAUGUCCAAACCCCAGCUGUGGACCAAGUGGACACCACCAACAUCAUGAACUGCACCGGUGGGCAGGUGGUGCAGGGCAGUGGAAGACACCCUCGUCUGGACAGUCAGUGGAGGAAGAAGAAUAUUCACUCCGCCCCUGAGAUGGUUCAGAUGUCGUCGGAUCAGAUGUCAUACCUCCAACAAGACAAAGAGCUGCUGAUCGAGGAAGUUAACGCCCAAAAGGAGCUGGUGUGGCUCCUCCACAAAGCCUUGGAGGCGGCUCAGCUGGAAAAACGAACAUGCUCUGACUUUGUGGCGGCCAAGGGCGAGCAGGAGCGUUUGGAGCUGCUCCGGCACCGCGAGCGCCAAGCGGCCGACCUGCUCGGCCGCUUGGAAGAAGCCAAGAUGGCAGCGGAGACGACCAGGCAGAGCCUGGUUGAGCGAGACCUGCAGGUGUGUCAGCUGCAGGAGGAUGUUAGGAUGCUGAUGGAGAAGAACAACGCCAAGCAGGAGGUGAUCAUCAAGCUGGCCGAUCAUGUCACGGCAUGCACGUGCAACCCGCCACACUCUGCGGACUCCUUCAAACAGCUACAGCAGCACGUUGAGAACCUGAAGGACGACAUCGAGGCUUACAAGACUCAGAACAAGUUUCUGAACUCUGAGAUCUACCAGCUGACCAAACUGUGGAGGAAGAGCUCAGAGCAGGAGCGAAGUCUGAUGGUCAAGUGUGCCGACCUGGAGGCACGUCGCUGCCAGGCUGAGAGUCGAUACCUGGGAGCUCUGCAGAAGCUGCAGGAAAACAAAAGCCUGGAUCUGGACCAGCGGCAGGCGAUCCAAAAGAUGAUUGAGGAUGCUCUGAAGGGGGAGAUGACGGGUGUCCAGCCCAACACGAACAGUGAACACGACAAAUACGGCUUCAAAAUAAUUCCAGACUACGAGGUGGACGACGUGAAGCUUCUGGCCAAGAUCCAGGCGCUGGAGAUUCGGUCACACAACCUGAUGCAACAGGAAAGUCGAGAGCGCCCACUAUUGAACCGCUGGGCCCAGUAUCUCGCCGGCAGGUCGGAUGAUGCCCUUUGCCCGUCACCGGAGCUCAAAGGUCUGCUACGUGGUGGUGUCCCUCAUGAGUACCGGCAGCGAGUUUGGCGCUGGAUGGUCAGAGACAGAACCAGGACCAUUAAGCAGCGUCACCCAUGUCUCUAUCAGCAGUUCUGUGACAAGAGUCGCACGUGUCCUCAUCCGGCCUCCAGACAGAUCCAAUUGGACCUUCACCGGACUCUCACCAGCAAUCAGAAUUUCUCUUCACCAUCUAGCCCCACCCACCAGCAGCUGCAGCGCAUCCUAUUGGCCUUUUCCUGGCAGAACCCCGCCAUUGGCUACUGCCAAGGACUCAACAGGUUGGCAGCCAUUGCUCUGCUCGUCCUCCAGAGUGAAGAAGACGCGUUCUGGUGUCUCGUGUCUGUGGUGGACACCAUCAUGCCUCAAGAAUACUACACCAAGAACUUGCUGGCCUCGCAGGCGGACCAGCACGUAUUUAAAGACAUCCUGGUUGAGAAGCUUCCUCGGCUGGCGGCGCACUUUGACCUUCACGGAAUCGACGUGUCUCUCGUCACCUUCAGCUGGUUCCUGGUGGUUUUUGUGGAGAGUCUUCCUGGUGAUAUCCUGCUGCCUCUAUGGGAUGCCUUUUUGUACGAGGGCACCAAGGUGAUCUUCAGGUACGCACUUGCACUCUUCAAAUACAAAGAGGAAGACUUCCUGAAGAUUAACGACAGCGUGGACAUCUACCAGUACCUUCGUUUCUUCACGAAGACUGUCUCUGACGGCAGGAAGCUGAUGGGCAUCGCCUUCGGUGACAUGAACCCGUUUCCCGGCCGCUUGCUGAGGAACCGGCGAGCUUUUCACUUGGAGCGCCUGCAGGCGGAGCUGCGGGAGUUGGAGGAACAGCAAAGGACUUUUGAGGCGGUGAGCGGGGAACGUAAAGACAAAGAACUGGACAACACAGCCAGCGAGGAUGAGGAGGAGCUAAGUUGAAUGCCCAUCAAACGAUCUCCUCCCAGCUUGGUCCUGAGUGCUGGUUUGGCUGCGGUAUGUGCUUGACUUCGUUACGAUUUCUAAGUAUUCACCUAAGUAUUCACUCACUACUUUUCACUUCCACGCUCUUACCACUCAAGCAUGCUUCAGUGGGAUGUUCCUUCCCUCCACAUUUUUGUUUUUUUGCAAAGCAUUAUGGGCAUCUCGUUUGAGUACGCUGAACAAUCAUAAAAGUUCGUUUGGCAGCAAAAAAAUGUAUCUUGGUUGUUUUCUGUCCUCAUUUAGAGAAUAAAUACUGUGUACUUAGUUCUGAGGGUGCAAUUUUUUUGCAGUGUAGUGCUGUGAAAAAGAUUCUUGCAAAGCAAAAUGCCACAGCCCCCCCAUGUGGGAAUAGUACGGCUUCAAACCAAAUGAGCAAGGUGAGCUCAACACGGACGAGCCAGUAUGCCGCAUUUGUUCAAAAGCGGUGGCAACAGAAAAAGCAACAAAAAGAAAUUGCCCACCUCAAACAUAUCCCCCAGUUUUCCCACCUGGAAAAGAACUACACAUCGAGAGCCUUCUUCCCGACAGUCAACACUCACUGAGACGUUUGAUUGGCAAAGUAAAUACAAACGGAGCAACAUAAAAUGGUGUGCGUUCACAGAAAGUGUAGUUUGCAACAUUGCAAAAGAAAUGCUGCUCUUUAAUACAGUUGAAAAGCUGGCAUUUCAAGAAAUGCUCCAAACGUUUGACAGACAGAACGAGUUGCCUGUGAGGGAAAAAAAACGGCAGUUCCAUAACUUUACAGAGUGAAAGAUGACUUAUUACAGGAUAUACUGCAUUAUUAUGAUAUAUUAUUAUAUAAUCAUAAUGGUGGUUUAUUUGGUCUCAAAGCAUUGACAAUAUUAUUAUUUAGUGCCAAUUUCAUGGACAAUAAAUAUUUCAAAACACUGUAUUGUUUUACAAAUGUUUUUAUGUUUCUCAUGGAUCCAAUAUCGUGUUUAGUCUCGUCUUGUGAGCUGAUAAGUGUCCAACACUGCACACUCACCAUUUUGAGUGCAACACCUUGGUACUGACAGUGCACUGCAUUUUGCUGUGCUACUCUGUGUGAAUGCACUGAUGCACUCAGAAUGCUAAGUGUAAGUAUGGAAGUGCACCAAUUGAAACAUAACCUAUUUACAGCUCACCUACGUGUUUGGGGAAGAUUAUAUUCUAGAAAAAUUAAAGUUUGUGUCUCAAAUGGAAUGAGUGAUUAUUUUCUUGGUAGGAUAAUCUAAAGCUUGUUUAGAUUAAUGCUGAUAAACAGUUAGGCACUAGACGGACCAAAUCUAUAUGAACCAAACACAGUUAGUGGUUUACUCCGUAACCUUACAGAAAAGAGGAGAAGAUGUUGAUUGUUUUCCAAAGUCAAAGCUGAUGUGUGUUAAUCUUGUUUUGCCUAAAACACAAAAAAUAGGUCUAUUUUCAUGGAUGACUAAGGAAAUUAAAAAAUAUUCACAUUUGAGAGGCUGAAAUCAGAGGAUAUUUACAUUUUAUAAAGCAAAAAACGAAAUUCCAGUGUAUAAGACGCACCGAUGUUUAAGCUGCACCCAGUAAAUUUAGAGAGAAAAAUGGAGUCCAUAUGUAAACCGCACCGGACUAUAAGCCGCACAUGUCCACAUCAUAAAAUGGCAUAUUGUGGCACAAGUCAGUAAGGACCAGGUAGCUCUUUGACAGGAGCCAAUCAUGCUGCCUCUGGCCACCAGAGGAGCCCAGUAGGAGGCUGACAUAAUUGCAGCACCCUGGCAGGAAUAACCAAUGAAAUGCUUUGCUGGGACUAAAUGCAUUACGGGGAAAAAAUAAAAAUUGUUUUUCUUUUCUUUUAAAGUCAUUUUGGUACUUGUAUAUUUUGUAGGUACCUUUUCGAGUGUUAAGUUACUGUGUGAUGAGUUCAGCGUUCUUUGUAAGAGUCACCGAGAGUCAGAUUGUUAUAUUGAGUAAUGACCUCCUGUGAUUUGGGUUGACCAGCUUGUCGUGAGCUCACUUUUAGCUCGAGAUUGGCUCCUGCCAAAGCAAGAGCUACCAUUUAAGAUUUAAACUAUUAGUAGUAGUUCUGAAGUAAAGGAGAUGUCACGAAAUUAGAAGAUGGCCAUAAAUUAGCCGCACUGCUGUAUAAGCCGCAGGAAUACCGAAUACCACCAUAGUUGUCAAUUGGAUAAUUGAUUAGUGAUUCAUUGUUGCAGCUCUAAAUGGAAUACCUCCAGUCAGUACACUGCAAUAUGUGCACUGCAUAAUUAGUUCCUGAGUGUGUGGAUUUGACAGUUUUUAAUUGGGAAUUGGAACCACUCAAGGGAGUCCCUCCACUUCCUAUAGCCAAAAUGGCGACUAUUGAAGGUGUUGGGUGUCUGUCACUGUGCACUUAACAUUUGGGAGUGUUGAGUGCAACAUCAGUGUACUUACGUUACCUCCGUACCUCUCAGUGUGAAUGCACUUAUGCACUGCUUGUGAAAGUGCGCCAAUUGAGACGCAGCCCAAUUUAUUGCAUCAAUAAGACAUUUGAGGCCAACGGUCAACACAUUGAUGUCAGCAGGAGAAAAGAUGUAGAUCAUCUUUUUUUUAUUUCACUAUUUUCUUAAAAAAAACAAAUAUACAUAAGAAAGGAUAAAUAUAAAAAAAAUAUCCAGGAACAGAAGAAAAAAGUUGAAAGUUACAAAGUUUUUACUGCAGAGAGAAAAGCCAAACACUCGCGUGCGGUCACAUGACAGCAUCGAGUCACGUGACUUUCACAACGUGAAGAAGAAAGCGUGGACAUGCAACUACAGCUGCAGCUUCUAGCUAACGUCUGGAUUGAAUACACUUUAUUUCAAAUCCAACAAGUCUGCAGUUGGAAGGACAAUGUAACCCUCCUCCCCCCUCAUUACUGUCGGCCAUGUUUUGUGUGAUUGGCUGAUUCUUCAAACUUGAAUUGUUUCAAACACCAGACUUAGCCUGCUUCCGUGCAACCAGCCUCCGCCUGGAUACAUGUUGGCGGAAUGCGCGUGUCUUUCAGCCAGUCAGCAGUUGGCAGUUGAUCACAUGACCCUCAAACUAUCAUCCUCACGCUGAUCAGUUUGAGAGAAAGUACAAAGGAGAAGGCGGCGAUGCGCACACACAACCAACCACCAGGGGGGCGUCACCAUCAUCAGCUGAGCAUCAUGAGUUCUGAUUUCAACACCAGAACAUGUCUCCAGCUUCCUGUCUGGAGAGCUCAGCGACUCACUCCAGGAAGACUUUGUUUUAUUGCCAUCGCCUCCACAGGAAGCUCCGCCCACACCAGAAAAGUCCGUGUGACCUGGGGAGGAGGGGGUCAUGUGACCAAGUGGAAAUGUCAGCUUCUGCCCUCCUGUCAGUUAGACAGCACGUCUUUCACCAAAAAACCAUCGACCAUUUUGAAGGGUUGUUGGUUUCCAUGUUUGGGUCAGUAGUGGCUCUGAUAUUCAGGUCCAUGGUGGCUUCGAUGUUUGGGUCAUUGAUGGUUUUAGAGUUUGAGUCAGUGGUGGUUUUGAUGUUGGGUCAAUGACUAUUCUAAAGUUUGGUCAUUGUUGGUUCUGAUGUUCGAGUCAGUGGUGGUUCUGAGGUUUGGGUGAAAGGUGUUACUGGUAUUUGGGUGAGCAGUGGUUCUGAUUUGGUUAAUGGUUGUUCUAAUGUUUUGGUCAAUGGUCUUACUGAUGUUUUGGUCAAUAGUGGUUCUGAGGUUUGGGUGAGUAGUGGUUCUGAUGUUUGGGUCAGUUGUAGUUCUGGUGUUUAGGGUCUGUGGUGGUACUAAUACUUGGGUCAUUGAUGGUGCUAAUGUUUAGGUAAUUGCCGGUCCUAAUGUUUGGGUCACUGAAGGUUCCAAUUGGGUUAUUGUGUGUAGUUCUGAUGUUUGGAUCGUUAAUGGUUCAGAUGUUUGCGUCAAUGGUGGCUCUGGUUUUUGGGUCAAUGAUAGUUCUGAUUGGAUCAUUGUUGGAGGUUUUGAUGUUUGUGUCAGUGGUGGUUCUGAUGUCUGGUCAUUGAUGGUUCUGAGGGCUGGGAUUGUGGUGGCUCUGAUGUUUCAUCAUUGAUGGUUCUGAUUGGAUCAUUAUUGAUGGCUCUGAUAUUAGGGUCAUUGAUGGUUCCAAUUGGGUUAUUGUUGGUGGUUCUGAUGUUUGGGUCAAUGGUGGCUCUGAUGUGUGGGUCAUUGAUGUUUCUGAGGUUUGGGUUGAUGGUGGUUCCAAUUGGGGUAUUGUUGGUGGUUCUGAUUUUUGGGUCAAUGGUGGCUCUGAUGUUUGGGUCAUUGAUGGCUCUGAUUGGAUCAUUGUUGAUCAUUGCAGAUGUUUGGGUCAUUAAUAGUGUCAAUGGUGGCUCUGCUGUUUGGGUCAUUGAUGGUUACGAUUGGAUCAGUGUUGUUUGGGUCAUUGUUUGCUCUGAUGUUUGGGUCAGUAGUGUCGUUUGAGUCUGUGAGAUGAAGAACUACUUGUUCCACCUUGUUUGACCUUUUUGAUGUGAUCCUUUUCAAGAUCCUGUAGGCGAUCGACCAAUGAGAGAUGAGAUGUCCUCAGAUGACAUCAUCAUCAUUAUUAUCCAGGUGUUACAAAGUCCUCAUUAAAAAAGAUGAAGGAAAAAAAGUUGCUGACAAAGUGAAGAUGAGUUUUCUAUAAAAAAAAAAAAAAUCAGCAGUGCUUCCAUAUAAAGUGCUUGGUUACGUCGUUACGUUGUCUUAUUAAAAUAUUGUUUUCCUGGAGUGAAAACACAGUAAACAUGUUACACGUUGGUAAAAAUAAACUUCUGGAAUGUCUCUUUUCUUUUAAGAAGUCCCAUUGGCUGAUUUUGUCAAGCCGAACUCGUCCCGGGAGCCUGAAAAAGGAAAUGAUUCAAAUUAAUAAUCAUGGCAUAAAGCAUAUUCACGUACAGCAUGAAGUGCAUGAUGGGACACAGGAAAGUAUCAUCUAAAAUGUCAACUAGCUAGCACAACUAGCUCAGGCUACAUGUCAUACCGUGCUGUGACGUGUCACUCUGUCCGCACGACGAGUCGUUAAAGCACAGCGGUGACCACAAACAAAAAAAACAAAAGGUACAAAAGUACAAAACAAACAGAAAGUGAUGAUAAUGAUGAUGAAGAUGACAAGGCGGUUAGCAUGGCUCAGUGUUCUUCAAGUCAUGCUGGGUUUAGCAUGCAGCAGUUAGCAUGUCUGCUUUACAUCCACAAGGAAGUUUGUUAGCAUGCUCCGGUUAGCAGGUGGUGGUUGUUUUGGCGGUGACGUUGGUGGGCUCUUUGGGAGGGGCGGCGUUUGGCGUAUGCAGCAGGCUGACAAACAGGAAGAGGGUGGAGGUGGGCAGGUAGACGCAGAGGAAGAGGACGACGUCCUCGCUCAGACAGAGGACAAAGUCACUGUGCUCGGUUAGCGCCCAGUCCACGAGCACCCCAACCAACAGGUAGUACACCUGGAACUCCUGAAGAUCCUCCCACUCUCCACAGACCUCUUUAGGCCACGCCCCCAACUCCUCAGACGCACUCUUGUCAUCGGUGACCUUCUCGUCUCCGUCACUCACCAUGGGCUUCAUUUCUGCCCCCUCCGACGUUGUCGCCUUCACUCUGCUCCGCCCACGGCCGGCCACGCGCUCCAUACGUCGGCUGCUUUCCACGAACUCCUGCAGAGAAGUGCGGCAUCAUUUUUAUCCUGUCCAUUAUAUUCGGGGGAGGGGGUUAUGUCACAAGCAGCUGCUCAUUGAGUGGUGCGUUUGUUUGUCUCCAAAAAUGCCAACUAAGACGGGGAAAAAAGUCAGUAGAUUUGACGCUUGUAGCUUUUUUGAAAAAGACAAUCCAGAGUGACAAUUUUAUGAGCGACGGUGAACAGGCAGUGCCAAAUCUAUUUGUGGCGGUCCCAAUUUUUUUGCGCCGGCUACACUGUGAGGUCACACUUAGCAGGCGUAGUCUCACCAUCAGAGCCUUGUCCAUGAAAAACUCCUUGCCCGGGGUGCCGUCGUUGUACUUGGUGUCGAUGGCGAAGCACAGGAAGAGCACGUCCACCACCAUCUCGAAGACGGACAGGAAGCAGUGCGCCACCAGGAAGGCGAAGAGACAAACGAUGACCAGCGGCAGCAACCACUCUGCAUAAUCUCGCCGGGCGUUGAGCAGCAGCACGCCAGCGAACGCCGUGGUCGUGACGAUGAGGAUCUGAUGGAGGAUCACGCACAUUCACCUUUUGUGUGGCUUCCAGGAACUAGCAUUAGCACUGCUGCCGACUGUUUUAAAAGAUGCACUCACCUUCCCCAAGAAGAGCACCAAGUCUCCGAUGGCGUUGACGGUGGCGACUCGAAGGGCGUUCUCCACCAGGAGGACAAAGGCGUCUCGCGCCGACGUGCAGAAGCUGGUGCUGUUGAUGGCGGUGGCUGCGUACGCAUUCUGGUCCGCAGACAGGAAUUGACACGUCAGCAAUAAAAGUCCACAUAAUGCAACGAAAAGAAAACGUCACCUGGUUGAGGUAAUUGAGGCACUUCUCCAAACACCACAAACAGCAGAUGCACGACUUGAGGACGCAGCGAGCGCACGCGUUCUCCUGAAACAUACGUGCGCGUACGUCAGCUGAUGCCUUCGGCCAACCUGCGACCUGAGGGUGAGUGACUGGCGCAGCUACCUUUCCUUUGAGCUGCUUGCUGACGUAGAUGAGGAGGAGUCGGGGGAUCUUGACGAGCGUGAUGAUGAAGGAGCCUUUGGCCACCGUGCCCACGUGAUACCUGAGCAGCCUCAAAGCUGCACGCACGAUGGGCCACGCAGGAAGUCGCUUCUUGUCCCUGCAAACACGCCGGCGUUGUCACUACACCUGCGCGUGCUUUUGUGUAUCUGGUAAACAUACCUGGUAAAAUAGUACGUGACCACCGCACCAGCUACGGUCAUCUGCUGGCACGCCAGAAUGAACUCUGUGAUCCACACCAGACCCACGGCGUGGUACCAGGUCAGGUACUCCAGAGGCCCAGUCAGCCGGAACUCUAUCAGACCGGUCUCCUCGUUGUGGACCGGGUCUCCUGCACGACCAUCACACGUCAAACACAACAUCGGCAGUAACGUCCACAGUUGCAUCGUGGAACCCGUUUAUGUUGACAGCCUCCGACUGGCUGAGUGACGUCAACAUAAGCGGUUGUCGAGAAAAACAUGUUAGCUGGCAUGCUAUUGAAGGGAAGCCCUGCCCCCUGUCACCGGCUGACAAGUCGCCAAUUACCACCGCAUGAUCAGAAACAGGAAGUCAGGGGUGGAGACGCACCGCUGGUUCCCAGGAAGAGCAGAACCAGGAUCCAGUAGAUCCAGAAGACGAGCAGCAGCAGGAACGUGAUGAAGGGCUGGAGGGUGAGGAGGGGCAAGUGGAUGAAGACUUUUCCCGCCACGUGGAACAGAGCGAUGGCCAACGCCACUCGCUUCCUCAUGAAGAGCAUCAGCAGCAGCAGGAUGACCUAGAACAUUCCGCAACGUUCCCAUCAACGCAAAUACUCCAAGGAAUGGGCCACAGUUGUGUACGUCUGACGUGCCCAAAACGUCAAAAUAAAAGCACUCUGCUUGUUCAAAUGUCAUUGGACAGGAAGCAUGUUUAUUCUGUCCUACCGUGAAGACGGUGGCGGCGAUGGCGUAGACGAGCAGCGUUUGGUUUCCAUCUGGCAUUGGCUCGUCCUCUUUUGUCACCUUUGUGUGGGUUUCAUUUCCAUGGAGACGGUGGUCGACGUAGAACCACCAGAGCACGCUGGUACCGGCUGAGAAAGGACAAGUCUUGCUGACAUUGCACUCUUGUUGUGAAAACAACAGCAGAAGGAGGUGAGCUCACCUAGAGACCCGAGGACCGCCAAAGAGGUGAGGAUCCAGACGAGGACGGCCGAGAUGUAACGGAUAAUCACCAUGAGCAACAUGGAGAGCACUGUGACACACAAAAGUCGUAGGUCAAGCUCCCGCAGCCCACUCUGGGAUUUUCACAUCCUAACUCACUGAGCGCCAAAAGACAAAGUCCCAUGAUGACUUCUUUACUGGCCGCCACGCCGGCGAUGACUCGAUGCAGGAAGGAGUUGUCGCUGACGAAGGUCACCACAGCCUCUGCGAACUUUGUGUAACAGGCGAUGUCGAGGGGCGUGCAGCGGUUGAAGAGCGGCAACGGUUUGCUGGGUGACAAAGCAAAGGUCAGAGGCGGCCGGGAGGACAAAGGGGGGACCGUGAAAACAAACGCACCUCGGCGGGACAGGAAGUUUGGGACACUUAGAGAACCUCUCGGGCAGACCCGGGUACUUGUGACCCGCUAACUCGUACGAACACAGCUCGGAACCUGAAACUCACACACACACACACACAUCUUCGUCAUCACCAUGUUUGAUGUCAUGUGACCACGCAGACCUGCCAACAUGUACAGUCAAACCUCGGUUUUCGUUUGCUGCAGUUUUUGUAUGGUUUGGUUUUUAUACAAUAUUGCACGUAACAAACUACUCCGUGUGCCCUGUACUGUAUUGUUCUGCAAAAUCAAGUGCCCAAAGCACCCUAUGUGUUGCUGACUCACCGUCUGUUGAGUAUUGUAUUGAGUGUGCCUGCUAAAUAACCCUCCUUGGGGCCAAACAAUGUUGCGAGUGCCAGCAAUUUGAUAAAAGGUGAGAAACGCCUACUGAAUUCCAUCCUGACGAGAUGGAAUGUAAUAUGAUUGGAAGUCCACAACAAUAACUUCCGUUCCUCAUUCAAAAUUAUCCAGCAUUUUGUAUUGUUUUCUGCAUAUAAAACUAUAAUUAUUCUCUGUAAAAUGUAUUUUUGUUCAUAUUUUUGGGUGUCUAAAACGGAUUAUGUAAUUGGAUUUACAUUAUUUCCCAAAAGAAAAAUUGCCUUGGUUUUUGUGUCUUUUGAUUUUCAUCCUUUUUGACCUUUUAGAACAAAUUAAUGAGAAAAACAGGUUCCACUGCAGGUAUUUUUCACACUUGGCACGCAUUGUGACCCUUGAGUUUUUUGUUGGAUUUCACCGGUUUCAGUUUUGAGUUCAGUCUCUGAAACCUGGAUUAUGUUCCUUUUGUCACCAGAAUACGCACGGCUCAUGGUUUGGCACAUGGCAAGUAUGGUCAAAAUAGAGCACAAGUCACAAUGUAACGACAAAAAAACAAAAUGUUGCUACUAUUAACUAAUAACACAAAGAUUUGUCUUUAAAUAUAUACAGCGUGUGUGUGUGUGUAUAAACACACACAUAUAUAUAUAUAUAUAUAUAUAUUAGCCUUUUGACAAAAGUAGGGCUACAGCGAUUGAUUAUUUUAGUAACCAAGCAAUCUAUCGAUUAAUCGAGUCAUUAGGUAAACACUACCCUCAAUGCAAAUAAACAGAUUUUUCCACGCAUCAAUUUAACACACACGCAAUUAAAAGGGUAUUGAUUUGAGAAGUGCUGUUUUGAUAAUUUGUAGGGCUGUCAAAAAUGGCGCGUCAAAGGCGGUAACUAAUUUAUUUAAUUACGUAAAAUUUUUUCACGUAAUUAACGCAUAUGCAUCACGGCAAGCCACGCCUCUGUUAUGACAACAGACGGCGUCACAGUGUAGCUCCCCACAGUCACACAGUCUGACGUCCUUUUAUAAUCUUUUCUGACCUGACAUGAACACGUCUUUCUCUUUUCUGGGCAUUCUAAAGAUAUAAAAACUGAUAAAAAGACACAGCUCAUUAUUGCAUGAAAUGGAAAACGCUUAUUCCGCAUAUAAAGCCUUCUGAAAAAGACUCCAAAAAGCUCCAACAAUGCUCCAUUUACAUAGAAUGUGAUGUGCAUCAUUAACCAAGCUACAGUGACAUUGUUAACAUAUUUAUUAACAUUGUUACGCUGAUUGAACUUCGUUACUGGCGCGCUGACACUUUGCCAUACCACAUCGACUAGCUCCGAGCCGGCUAGCGACUUGCUUCACCGCACACUCGCCCGCACCGCGUCAGCGCCGCUCUCACAAUGCCUCAGACCACUACCAAAAUGUAGGGCUACAUAUUCAAGAUGCCGCCAGUGCUGUUGUGUUUUUAUUUUUGAGUUUAUGCUUAAAAUGACCAAAAUUCUCAAAAUACUGUAAGUAUUACAUGUUAUCAUGAAUGCACCUGUUACUACAUGGUCACAGCAUUUCUAUAAAACCAUACAACCUUCUUGGACGUGUUUUAAUAGCGGCCUUCGUAGGCGGCAUAGGUGUAUCCCAUUACGUACAUUAAUGAGCUGUCUCUUUUUAUCUGAUUUUAUAUCUUUACAACACACAGAAAAGAGAGAUGUUUGUUCAUGUCUCGCGUAAGGACUGUGGAUGAUGGGGGGAAAAUUAAAAAAGGGCAGUUUUCCUUUAGGUUACGUGCUGUCUUUGAACGCAACGCCUCAUUGCUCAUGAUAACACGGUUCAAGUGUGAUUCAAAUGUUCUGCAACUAUUAAAGAAACUAGUGUUAGGUAAAUAGAUUUUCAGACGUGUGCUAUCUUUUCGCUAGAUCAAAAUUUGCAGUGAAAAAAGAAGCUGUUAAUACGUAAAAUAUAUAUUAUCCUGUCUUGUCUUUUAUCUUUCUUUCAAUAAAAUACAGUAAAAAUGGGCUUUUUCAGACAUAGUUGCAAAUGGUGAUUAAUUUAAAAACUAAGUAAUCUGUAAAAAAAUGUUAGUCCUAAUAUUUGGACAAAUUAGUCAUUAGCAUUAACAUAAACACUGUAGACACGCGAACGUUCCCACAUGCCCCUAUGUGUUUUAAACAGACGUUUCAGUAUGCUGUGUAAAUACUCAGGGUGCUUUCUGGCAAAGCGGCGCAGCAUCCAUGUGGUACUGUUGUGGAAUGCCAGCUCAUUGCACCACGUUGCCUUUGUGAGUCUGAAAGGAUCCCAAACUUUUGACAGAUUCUGUCGUUUCCUGUGGGCCCUUUCGUCUCUUUCUGUCUCGUCGCUGUUUUCCUUUGAGCCAUUUCCCUCCCUCGCCAAUCUCUGCUGUUCCCCGUCACACAGAUCACAGCACCACAACCGCACCCUCAUGCGCGCUCUAUUGCAGCAGCCAUGUGGAAACAAUUUCCCCGUAUUUUAAGUUCCCAGCACUCUGAAUCUUAUGGAUUUUUAUUAGUUGCACUCACUAAUGAUAACGAGGAAAGCAUUAAAAAGACAUUACAGUGGAACAUGUUUAAGCCGACGCACCUCGGACUGGCUGGCUCACGGCUGGCACAACAGAAACUGAAACUAUCAUUUAUCAUUCGAGUGGAACCCGUUUAUGUCAAUGCCUCCCAAUCUGGCUGAAUUGCCAGAGGCAUAAUUAAUCAAGGGCCGCACGGUGGUCUAGUGGUGAGCAUGUUGGCCACACAGUCCCAGUCAGGACAUCGGGAAGACCUGGUUUCGAAUGUCCGUUGGGCAUCUCUGUGUGGAGUUUGCAUGUUCUCCCCGUGCGUGCGUGGGUUUUCUCCGGGUACUCCGGUUUCUUCCCACAUUCCAAAAACAUGCAUGUUAGGUUAAUUGGAGACUCUAAAUUGUCCAUAGGUAUGAAUGUGAGUGUGAAUGGUUGUUUGUCUAUAUGUGCCCUGUGAUUGGCUGGCGACCAGUCCAGGGUGUACCCCGCCUGUUGCCCGAAGUCAGCUGGGAUAGGCUCCAGCGUGCCCCCCCCCAACCCUAAUGAGGAGAAGCGGCAUAGAAAAUCGAUGGAUAAUCAAAUAAAAUAACAGAUUUGUUUUUUUCCACUUAACCAGGCAAUU